AUGGAGAAAAUUCUUAGAUCAUUAGAUUCAAAGUUUGAUCAUAUUGUUACCAUUAUCGAAGAAACAAAAGAUUUGGAAGCUAUGUCAUUGGAGCAGCUCUUGGGUUCGUUGCAAGCUUAUGAAGAAAAGAAAAAGAAGAAGGAAGGAAUAGUGGAACAGUUGUUCAAGACCCGAAUUGAUUCAACUAAAGAGGAAACCAGCAGCGGUCACAAUGAUCGAAGCCAACAAGGACGAGGCCGUGUGCGAGGACGUGGCCGCGGGCAAGGACCUGGACGGGGCUGGAAGUUUGGUGAUAAUCAUAACAACAACUUUCAAAGAGGAAGAGGAUCAAUAAGAGGCCGUGGGAGAGGUUUCUCAGCACCAAGGGUGCUUACUUGGAAAGCAAUUUAAAAAAAGUUUUCCCAAAGAGACAACUUCAAGAGCUCGAAAGCCCUGGAACUUAUACAUGCUGAUGUGUGCGGUCCGAUGAAGCCUAGUUCACUUGGUAAGAGUUACUAUUUCCUUCUUUUCAUUGAUGAUUUUUCGAGAAAGACAUGGGUAUAUUUUUUGAAAGAAAAAUCAGAGGUAUUUGAGAAUUUUAAGAAGUUUAAGGCUCUUGUUGAGAAAGAAAGUGGCUGUUUGGUUAAAGCUAUGAGAUCUGAUCGAGGAGGAGAGUUCACAUCAAAUGAAUUCCAGAAAUAUUGUGAAGAACAUGGAAUUCGAAGGUUUUUAACAGUACCAAGAUCCCCCCAAUAGAACGGUGUGGUAUAACGGAAGAAUAGAACAAUCCUAGAUAUGGCAAGAAGCAUGCUUAAAAGCAAGAGAUUACCGAAGGAGUUUUGGGCAAAGGCGGUUGCAUGUGCUGUCUACCUAUCUAACCGAUCUCCAACAAGAAGUGUGUGGGGAAAAACACUUCAAGAAGCUUGGAGUGGAAGGAAGCCCGGUAUUUCACACCUAAGAGUGUUUGGAAGCAUAGCUCAUGCCCAUGUACCUGAUGAGAAAAGAAGCAAAUUGGAUGACAAAAGUCAGAAGUAUGUCUUCAUUGGCUAUGACAUAAACUCCAAAGGGUACAAACUCUACAAUCCUAAGAGUAGGAAAAUAAUAAUCGGCUGGGAUGUUAUAUUUAAUGAAGAAGAAUAAUGGAAUUGGGAAUCACAUGAUGAAAGCUACAAUUUUCUCCCAUAUCUUGAAGAGGAAGAAGCGGAACAGCCAGGUAUGGAGCCAAUAAGAGAGGAGCCGAUCACCCCACCAGCUUCACCAACAGCAGGUUUUCAAGAAGGCGGAAAUUCAAGUGAAAGGGCCCCACGGUGUAGGAGUUUACAAGAGAUAUAUGAGGUAAUCAAAAACCAGGAUGAUCUUACUUUGUUUUGUUUAUUUGCUGAUUGUGAACCCGUGAACUUCCAAGAGGCAAUGAAGGACAAAAAUUGGAAGAAUGCCAUGGAUGAGGAGAUAAAAGCAAUCAAGAAGAACAAAACUUGGGAACCAGCUUUACUUACACAAAAAUCCAAGGCUAUUGGUGUGAAGUGGGUGUAUAAAGCCAAGAAGAAUGCUAAAGGUGAGGUUGAAAGGUAUAAGGCAAGGUUGGUAGCGAAAGGCUAUAGUCAAAGGGCUGGUAUAGACUAUGAUGAAGUUUUUGCACCUGUUGCACGACUAGAAAUGGUAAGGUUAAUCAUCUCAUUGGCAGCUCAACACAAUUGGAAAAUACAUCAAAUGGAUGUAAAGUCUGCGUUCUUAAAUGGAGUUCUUGAAGAAGAAGUUUACAUCGAACAACCACAAGGAUAUGAAAUCAAGGGACAAGAAGAUAAAGUCUUAAGGUUGAAGAAAGCACAUUAUGGGUUGAAGCAAGCACCAAGAGCUUGGAAUGCUAGAAUUGACAAGUAUCUCCAAGAAAGGAAUUUUAUCAAGUGUCCAUAUGAGCAUGCACUUUACAUUAAAAUUAAAAGAGAUGAUAUAUUGAUUGUGUGCUUGUAUGUAGAUGACUUAAUUUUCACGGGCAGCAAUCCAAGUAUGUUUGUCGAGUUUAAGGAGGAGAUGACGAGGGAGUUUGAGAUGACCAAUAUUGGGCUCAUGUCUUACUAUCUCGGCAUUGAAGUAAAGCAAGGAGGUGAAGGCAUAUUAAUUACUCAAGAAGGGUAUGCUAAGGAGGUACUUAAGAAGUUUAAAAUGGAUGAUGCAAAUCCGGUUGGUACACCAAUGGAAUGUGGAGUCAAGUUAACAAAGCAUGAGGAAGGAGAAAAGGUGGAUCCAACAUUUUUUAAGAGCUUGGUUGGAAGUUUAAGAUACUUGACAUGUACAAGGCCGGAUAUUCUUUAUGCUGUAGGAGUUAUAAGUCGAUACAUGGAGAAUCCAAUAACAACUCACUUGAAGGCAGCAAGAAGGAUUCUUCGUUAUCUAAAAGGUACAAUAAGUUUUGGUUUGUAUUAUUCAACUUCCGAUGAUUACAAGCUUGUUGGAUAUAGUGAUAGUGAUUGGGGUGGAUAUAUAGAUGAUCGUAAAAGCACAAGUGGCUUUGUUUUAUUUGGGAAAUACGGUGUUUACAUGGAUGUUAAAGAAGCAGCAAAUUGUUACUCUUUCAACAUGUGA